AAUUGAUCUGUGAUUGGUUUUUAGAACGCCACUCCCUCCACUGCUUUAUUUUACUGUCACUGUCAGUGUCAGUGUCAGUCACUUUGAUAGUUGCUUUUGGUUACUUUGUUUUUAUUUCAGGCAAAUUGGAUUUUUUUCAAAAUCUUGGGGUCUUUCAAGAAAGUGCGAUUAAAGUUCAAAUGAAGAUUAUCAUAUUGAUUACACGGAAAUCUCUAUGAGACAAUUUACCAAAGAAUAAAACCGUUGCAAUGACUAACGCUACGAUCCAGGAAAUAGAAGGUAUAGAUGACUACUGGGGCCCUGCAUUUCGAUCUGUGUACGAAGGGGAAGGGCAUGAAGCCUUCGUGCAGCAGUUGGACGAGAGAAUCAAACAGCAUGACAAGGAAAUAGAGAAAUUAUGCAACUUUCACUAUCAAGGUUUUAUUGACUCAAUCCGUGAGUUGCUCAAAGUUCGAUCACAUGCUGAAGAGUUGCAUGCGGAGAUAUCCAAUGUCGAUGCCAAUGUCAAAGAAGCUACUGAAAGCAUCUGUACUAGAGCGGAUGAGUUGAUAAGAGCCAGGCGGGUGGAGCUGAACAUAGCGGCGACCAUCGAGAAGAUGGAGCUAUGUUUGCCCCUGCUCACCACAUAUUCUAAGCUGAAGACACAGGUGGAGGCCAAAAGAUACUAUCCAGCCCUCAAAACCCUAGAGCAGUUAGAACACGUGCUUUUACCUCGCGUGGGCCCAUACAAGUGGUGCGGGCAGAUCGCCGCAGACAUACCGCGGCUACGGCAAGCCAUACAAGAUGCUUCAAUGGCUGACCUGAGAGACUUCCUCGAAGAAAUCAGAAGGCUUAGCCCACAGGUUGGUGCAAUGGCCUUGAGACAGACUCAAGAAAUUCUAGGCAGAAGUUUGGCAAGCAUUGUCAAAAACAAAAAAGAUAUGGCAGUGCUAGGUAUAUCAGGCAAAGAGGCCAUCGGUCCACAGUGUCCUCACGAGUUGGUCGACUUCAGUCCGCUGCACCGCUGCCUCCACAUACACAGCGUGUUGGGAGCCAAGAACGACUUCAUACAGUAUUAUAGAGCGCAACGAAAGCAGCAAGCGCGUCUCGUUCUCAUACCGGCUGGGAAUCUCCACGACAACAUCCAAAGCGUGAAGAACUAUCUCAACGCCGUGCUAGGCUUCUUCAUCCUCGAGGAAUAUCUCUUAAGCGCUGGUGCGGGACUGGUGUCCAAGGACUGGUUGCUCGACACCUGGGGAAUGGCGGUCUCGAAGGUGGCUGCUACCCUGCGGACUAACACUUCGCUGAUCACUGACCCCACGCUGAUGCUGAGUAUCAAGCACCAGAUUGUGCUGUUCAUCAAUACCUUGAAAUGCUACGGCCUCCCAACCGACCAGCUGCCGCUGCUUCUGCAAGAGAUGGCGGAACACUACACAGAAGUGUUGAUGCAGCGAUGGGUGGUCGUCUUCAGGGACAUACUCGACAACGCGGCGUUUACGCCUAUUGAGGUUGAAACUCAGGAACAAUAUGACGGUGUUAUGGACACUUUCCCAUACGAGGGCGAGGAGCUAGAGACGCAACCUUUCCCGAGAAAGUUCCCAUUCUCAUCCAUAGUGCCUGCAGUAUACGUGCAAGUGAAAGAGUUUAUAUACGCCUGGCUGAAGUACUCGGCAGGGCUUGGUCUGGGCGGAAGUCGGAGAGCGGCCGCUGCGAGGCAUUCUGCAUCACUACUCCUUAGUAGAUCCUUCACUGGGUGCCUGUCAGCGCUGUUUAGAAGACCACUGCCUUUGAUGCAGCUGGUGCAAAUAAUAGUGGACACGAAGUACCUCGAAGAUGCGACACUAUGCCUGUACGAAUUCAUCAGCAAUAUCACAGGCUCUGAGCUAGUUACGACACAAACUGCUGGCAGUAUGUUCCAAGCGGCGCGUGACGAUGCCGAGCAACAAAUCUGCGACAAACUCGAGAAAAAAGUCGACGAGUUUCUUGACCUGGAGAACUACGAUUGGCUGUUAGUUGAGCCGACUGGACAAGCGUCGGCAUUCGUGACUGACAUGCUAAGCUAUUUGUCUGGAGUACUUACGUCUUUGGAGCAGCUACCAGAAAGGGCCAGGGUGGCAGCAGUAAGAGCGGCGACGAAUCGCAUCGCGACGCGUCUCCGCAACUUGCUCCUGGAGCCGGGCGUGCGGCAGGUCUCGUCGGGCGCGCUGCACCAGCUGGACCUGGACGUCAUCCAGUGCGAGCAGUUCGCGGCCGGCGAGCCCGUGCCCGGCCUGCGCGACCAGGAGCUGCUGGAGCACUUCGCCAGCCUGCGGCAACUCCUAGACCUAGUGAACGGUUGGGAUUGGUCUUCCUACCUCCACGAUGUUGGCAUCGAUGGAGGCAAGUACCACCUCGUCACGCCGCGCGACGCGGCCACUCUACUGGAGAAACUGAAGGAGGCCGAACAGAAGUCUUCCGUCUUCACCGUACUGAAGAAAAACGAAAGGGACAGACGGAAGUUGCUCGACACCGUGUUGAAACAAUUGAAGCAGUUGCAGAAUCAAGAUGGAUCGUGAAGUUAGUGAUGUUUGUUUGUUUUAUCCGAAUAUAACUGAAACUUUCGCAUAAAUCGGACUAGAAAGAAGCACUAGUAACGAAUGUGCAAUCAAGCAUAAAAUCCUAAUAUCACGUUUACUCCUGCAUUGUGAAGAAAUAGAAGCUAUCACUCAAUUGUUAUCCAAGAAUUUUAAUUUUGAAACUUAAUUUAAAGUCCGUAAGAAAGAAAGUUAUUUGAGCCAAUCGAUUGGUAAAAUGUUGCAGUAAAACUAAACACAUUUUGUAGUGUAAAAUAAGACAAAACUUGUUAUUUAUUAUCACGGUGCUUUCUUAACUGUACUCGUUUAAGAAUGUUUGUAUAUUGGCUUUGUUAUAGUUAGGUGUAAGGUUUUUAAUUUAAUCUUUGAAAUUCAAUUUAGUCAAUAAUCAAGAAAGUUAAUAUUAAUUUAUCAAAUAUUAAGUGUAGCAGUUGAUAAAGUGCCUAUGCUCUAUUUUUUUAAUUAACUGAUUGAAGUCUACAAUUUAAGUACUUGCAAGGCUACUUAAAAAAACAUGUUAUAAAUAAAAAUCGUUUAAGUAUUUAUUUACGCACUGUUUAUAAGAAAAAAAAACCCAAAAUACUGAAUUUUUUAUUGGUGUUUGGAUUUAAAACUAAAAAGUAUUCACAAUUAACCACCAAUGAGUUUUUAUUGUAGU